AUGACGUUAAUUCUCUUUAAAGAGGAUUGCUUUUCAAGAAACCUGUCAAGUAAGGUCUGCUCUUUCUUACACAUUUUCGCAAUACACAGUCGUAUUUUCCUUGAUUUGAUAUUUUACGAAAUUGUUUUUGUUCUUUACGAUUCAUCAAUUUGGAAGAGCAAUCAACUGAAAUUGGAUUCGUUACGGAAAUGGCCCACAAUUGGCACUUUUACACGUCAAUUUGAAUCCACCGGGUGCUUUGAAAAUACGGCUAUGAUUGUAAUGUUUGACUACCGAACUUUGGUGUUACGCCUAACAUUUAUUACUGUAGAUUUCAUUUAA